CACACUCUCUCAUUCUCUCCGUGUUUAUGCUGUUGCUAACCGUAAGGGAACGAAUUGGUAGAGAUUGGAGCAAGAGGUCACUUUUUUCCGAGUUGAAAUGAGCGUUGAGCGAACUCAGGGAAGCUGCUUGGCAAUCCGUACUCUCCCUCCGUUAUCGAUCUCCAGAUGCUCUCACUCUUCUGUUUCUUUAGAUAAUGCAAGUUGCGGGUCGCCAACGUGGAUGGGGAAGGGCCUUACUUGUGUUUGCUUCAAGCGAAAGGGAACUUAUGAACGGGUCUACAUUAAUUUGACACCCCUACAGGAAGAGAGACAGAGAAGGUUGAAACACCGGAUGAAGGUUCACUUUGAUGCCUCCAGGCCAGACCAUCAGGAAGCUUUGAGAGCUCUCUGGUCUGCUACAUACCCCGAUCAGGAGCUACAUGGUUUGGUAUCUGAUCAAUGGAAAGAAAUGGGAUGGCAGGGAAGAGAUCCAUCAACAGAUUUCAGAGGAGCGGGAUUCAUUUCUUUGGAGAACUUGUUAUUUUUUGCCAAGACAUUUUCUACGUCUUUUCAGCAUCUACUGAAUAAGCAAGGGGGGAAGCAAGUCGCUUGGGGGUAUCCAUUUGCUGUUGCUGGUGUAAAUAUCACAUUCAUGAUCAUGCAAAUGCUUGAUCUAGACGCCACAAAACCCCGGACAUUUGUCAGAGCAGUUUUCCUACAGAUGCUGUCAGAGAAUGAGUGGACCUUUGACUUGCUUUACUGCAUUGCGUUCGUGGUUAUGGACAAACAGUGGCUGGAGAGGAAUGCAACUUACAUGGAGUUCAAUGAUGUUCUGAAAUCCACUCGGUCUCAGCUGGAGAAGGAACUUCUAAUGGAUGAUGUCCUAAGGAUAGAAGACAUGCCUUCUUAUAGCCUUCUCUGUUAAUGACAGCCAACUUGAAAAGUUGCAGAUGGGGAUUCUUAGAAUGGAUGCAUCCCACAUCCCAAAUUUAGAUGACUUUAGAAUGUACAAUCUCUCCCCUCUCCAAGGGAACUGAAAAUCAUAGCCUCGUUCAAUACAUGUCUGCUUCCAAAUUUUUAUCUUUCCAACCCUACGGAUUUAAUUUUUUUUUGGCAGCGGGGGGCCGCUGGGAACAAUGAUAUUAAUAAGUUUAAAAUUUUCAGGAGA